UUAAUUAAUAAAUUAGUUGGGUCUCCGUUCCCAAACAGCCAGAAACAGAAUUGGAUUGGGUUCCGGAGAAAACGAGAGAGAGAUUAAAGAAAAAGAAAAAAAAAAGGAAGCCACAACGUCGGUGAUUUGAUUUCCUCGUAUACUGAUACUGAUAGAUUACUGAAAAGAGGAAGCCAUAGCCAUGGGAGACGAGGUGUCGUCUUCCUCUUCUUCAAAUAAUUGUUCAGCCGUAGCCAUAGAUUCCUCCAACAUUGGUUUUCAGCUUUUGAAGAAGCACGGUUGGAAAGAAGGUACCGGUCUUGGUGUUUCCCAGCAGGGUAGGUUGGAGCCUGUACAAGCAUAUUUGAAGAAUAAUAAACGAGGCCUUGGAGCAGAUAAAGUAAAGAAGACUGCCAAGAAGCCUCAUGUCACUGCUGCAUCUAAUGAGAAAAAUGAUCAGGAUCAUUUGCCUUCCAAGAAAUGCAAGACACUUUCAAAAAGGAUAAGGAAGAUGCAAGAGUUGGAAAAACAAUUGCAAGAAAAGGAAUUUGAGCGGGCUUUUUAUAGGGAGUUUUGGCCAGAUAACGUUUGACUGAGGAUAUGUCAUUGCUUUUCACUUAUGAUUUGGAGUUUGUACAGGACAGGAAUUUGUAUUGUUAGUCUGUAAGUUAUAGUUCAUUCGGAAAGAGUAGUAUUGCAAAGAAUUAGUAUGUUGUUACACAUCAUGCUUGGUUGCCAAUUAAUGUUUGGUUAAACUUUGGAAGCCAUUUUUUGGUUUUAUGAUGUUGAUUGAAUGAUUUUAACUUCCAAAA